AUGGCUGUCCCCAGGAUCUUGAGCAGACCCUUGUCUUCAAGGUCUCACAAUAUUGGCACCUUUCCCUCUCUGGCCUGGGGAGACGAAUCUGAAGGUGAAAAAACCCUAAAGCCAGGUCUAGCGAGGCAAAAGGUCAGCAUCCUCGCGAGCAAAGCCAGCGGGGCAAGCUCCCUUCACAGACGCAUGGGGGAGUUUGCAGAAGUCGUGGACGCGGCCGGCGUACAGCAGGUGGAGGAUCUGAUCAGUUCUGAGCACUUGCAAAAACUGGCGCGAAUGUUUCAGAAGCCGAACAGAGACAAAACCAGAGGGCUGGAUAUUGAGGAGUUCCGCGAAGCAGUGAAGGAGAUAAUGGGCAAUAUUGAAAAUGAAGAUAUCGAUGUCAUGUUUAUGAAGGUUGACAGCAAUUGCGAUGGCUCCGUGGUCUGGGAGGAGUAUCUGAACUACAUGCUACUACAAUACAGGGGGAAGGUUGACAUGCUGGAGGGCAAAUCGCAUCUGUUAUUUCAGACACCUAUGAAAGUCAUCCCCGCGAUGGUAGGCCAGGAAAUCAUCAAGGUGCAGUUUUAUCCAAGCCAGGGCUGGGCCAGGGACAAGCAGAAGGCAGCCAAGAGCAGCAGCAGCCGGAGCCCGUCGGGGCGGUUCCUGAUGGUCACCAGGGAUGGGGUCCUGCUCUACUGGAGCGACGCCUUCAAGCUGCUCCGCACCAUCCACCUUGACCAGACCAAGCGGAAGCACACUCACAAGAUGUGGGUCAUCGACAUGGUGUGUCUGCCAAAUAUCAGCCUGUUGGCAAUCGCAUCUACUGAACGGACUAUCGAGUUCUUUGAUAUUAGUGGCAUCAAAUGUGACAGGGUUUUCUACCUCGCUGAGCUGGAAGGAUGUGCGACAGCCCUGGAUUACUGGACAGAUGGGCACAAAGGAGUGUUUUGUGCUGGUGAUGUGAAAGGAAAUGUUCUGAUCUUCACCUCCCUGAAUGUUUUGGCAAAUGGACUCUUCAACGUUCGUCCCUAUAUAAUUAAACCAGGUGUUGCGGCCAGGAUUCCCAUGCAGCUGCUCCUGAAAGAAAAGGGCUCCCUGUACAGCAGUUUCCGAAUGCCUGCUCUCCACGAGGACUGGUGCCACCAGAUAAAGUUCAUUCCUGAGCUCAAUCUCGUCGCCUCCUGUUCAGCAACUGAUAAGGGAGCCAUGGUGCUUACUGCACUUCCACUAAAUAACCAGGGUAAACCCCAAUCAUCCGCCAUCGCUUUAAAGAAAGGCAUUCUCUGCUUCGACUAUUCCCCCAGGAUGAAUGUCCUCGUGACUGGGGGACUGGAUCCGCUGAUCCGAAUCUGGAACCCCUACGUGACCAACAGCCCCAUAACCGUGAUGAAAGGCCACGUUACUGCAGUGACUCACGUGAUAGUGAGUGGGUACAGAAACACUAUCCUCAGCAUCUCGAAAGAUAAGAAUAUCCGUAUUUGGGACCUGCUGGAUCACUUCUGUCUGCAGUCCAUUCCUAGCAGUAGUAUCUCAUUAGGGAACUGUUCUAUCAUUGGUGUCUAUUACAAUGAGUUAAACAACGUCCUCAUCUGCACCACCACCUCCAUUGGCAUCCUCUAUGCUGCUGCAGAAUUAAUGGAGGGCAGUGGUUCAGAAAUCACAUCCCAUGACCAGCCUCUGUGUGCAGCAUUGUAUAACAAGAACUUCCAGCAGGUGGUCAGCAGUUGCUACGGUGGCGUGGUCAGAGUCUGGGAUAUCAUGACCGGGCAGAAGAUGAUGCAGUUUAAGGCCUCGGAGGGGAAGCAGACAGAAGUCACGGCCAUGGCUUUUGACGGUGCAGAGAGACGUCUCAUCACGGGCUUGAAAGAUGGAACGAUCAAGUUCUGGAACUUCAAUAACGGGGACUGUCUCCUCGAGCUGCCUUGCUUGGAUAAAACUGAGAUCAGUGGGAUUCUGUACAUCAACCAGAAGAUAUAUGUAUCUGGGUGGAGUAAAAGAGUUGCGUGGUAUCUAGAUGGCAAAGCAGGUGAAGUAUUUGAACACAAACACUGGAAAUGCUACCACUCGGAAGAUAUAUUUUCCAUGGACAUGCAUAACAACAAGCUCUUGGUUACUGCAUCGUGUGAUGGAGAUGUCGUGAUCUGGAACAUAGACUCAGGGCGGGCGUUCUGCAGGUUUAAUGCAUCCCAGAGUCCUUUGACCCUGAUGCCAAACAGAGUGUUUAUGGAGGAUGACAAUCCCAGGAAAGGAAGUGCCCCAAAGAACAUGUCAUUGCUUUUGAAAUUCAGCACUCGAGCUGAGGCUAGGAAAAAGUGCUGGGUGGAUGCGAGUCCUAGGUUACCAACCAGGCCCGUAAGUGCUAAGAAUAUUUCUUCUUCCUCGUCUGGCUACUGGAAAGCCCCUGCUUCUGCUCCACCUGGCAUGAGACAGCCCAGAGGGAAGGAACGAGAGGAAGCCAAGAGACAGCAGGUGGCCCUGUCUGCAGGAGCAGGUGAGGGUGCUGAGGUGGGCAGGAAGCCUUCCAGAGAGCCAAGAGCUGCUGGAGCUGGCAAACAAAGGAAGAAUAAGUUGAAUUGCUGGACGGAGCUGAAGGGCUCCUCAGCUGCUGUGCAAAAGGUGCUUUUCCUGCAGACCCGGGAGCGAAACCCCGACACGGCCAUUCUGCUUACUAGCUCCGCGGAUGGCUACGUCUAUGCUUGGUCGGUGGGUGGGAAGGGGGGUCUGCUGGGCAAGUUCCGGCCGGCGCUCAGGGAUGAGAGCGCUGUCGUCAACGCCAUGGCCACAGACUCGAACGACUGGAUCCUGUUGACUGGCGAUUCCCUCGGCUACAUUAAAAUCUGGGACAUCGAGCAUUACUGCAAACCAAAAGUGGUAAAGAGAGUCUCCGAAGUGGGAAAGACGGAAGCAUCUCCUAAAGCGAAGAAUGAGUUUCGAGUCUUAAUCCCACGGUACUGCAGAGCUCCUGCCACACACCGUCCACCAUUGAUGCAAACUACAGAGGUCCUGGACGGCUGGAUUACUUCCCUGGUCGCUCCAGACCUUCUGAGCUCUUGGAGAGGUCACUUGAAGAACAUAUCCCACAUUGUGUAUGUGGAAAGGCUCCGGCUGAUUGUGACUGCCAGCGAUGACUGCAACAUCAAGCUCUGGCUGCUGUCAGGCAGACACAUCGGGACCUUCGGGCAGUCGGUAUGGGAUGUCAGGCUGCAGCACCUGAACGCAGCUAAGGUGCCCGGGGACAUCCGCAGAGUUGGUUCUGUUCAGACCCUGAAAGUGCUCAACGAAGGCGCUUCUCCUCUUUGGAAACGUACCCAGAGCCUCAUGCAGUCGACAGGCCACCUGAAGAAGCAGCAGUCUGCGCUAAUGCAGUAUUUGCAUGAAAAAGCAGGCCUCAGCUUAGGCUUGCAGAAGACGGGUGGAGAAACAUCCCUGAAAGAGAAGCGAAUCAUUGACCAAGUCGAGGCCACUUGGCAAAAGUGGGAGAAGACGGAGAAACUGAAGAGCGAGAUCCUGGGAUGUUCCUACAAACAGAAAGCACGGCGGCAUUUGCCUGAAUUCCUCCCCAGCGUAAAGACAUACAUCAGCAGAGAUCAGGCAAGAGUCUACCACUGUAUGCAAUAUGCCGACCUGCAAAAUGUCACUCCGCCGCCAGUCCCUGAGCUGCUGGUUGAGAUGCAGCAACUUCAGGCAAGCUUUUGCAACAGACCAAGGUCGGCGAGGAAACAAUCUACUCCCAAUGCCCGAAGGCAGAGUGUGAAGGCCCCGCUCCAGCAUUAUUUAUCUUCCUACAAAAAAGACUGAACUUUGCAGCCAGCAGCUGAUCUGGUCCUUUGCAAUAUGGAUUCAUACCUCAGCAGAGAGGAAAAGUAGAGGAUAAGUAAUAAACUAGUCCUUGGCUAAGAACACACAGCUAAUUGAAGUCCAUACACUAUGCAUGCCUUAUUCCUGGCUUGCGAUAGUUGCAGAUAAUC